GUUGUGCACGUUAAGGAUCUCUCUGUGCUGUUUACGGAAAGCGCGCUCUGCGGCCGCCACAAACACAGAGGCGCGAGGCGCGUCCUGUUGCUGCUUCACUUCGUCCCUGAGCCUGGCCUUCCAGGGAGGCAGGGAAUUCAAGCCCGUCAGUCUUGGGGCCCUGCCCCCUCCAGGGCUGCAGCAGAACGAGGGAGUUCACUGGCACCGGGAACACUGGGAGAAAAUGCGGCUAUGCCCGCUUCCAGCUAGGCAUGCGGGUUCCCUGAAGUCCUAGGGCACAGGGGGCAGAGCUCAAUCGGGUGGACGAUCCCAGGACUUUGUGCCCAGCCCCCACUGUCCCACCGCCCCGGCUUUCUCCUCGGAAAUCAAGGAAUAGCCAAGAAGGCUGUGCAGCUGGCAGUAGACGCCUGAGAGGCCGCAGGGCACUCAGACCUGGAGGACCCUCUUGAGAAGUGACUCCGCAGCCUGCUGACAGGAACUUUACGGCUCCGCCACUGCAGGGGAAUGGGUGGGCGCACACCUCGAGGUCCAAGUGGCCAAGUCUGGAUGGUGAGUUAUGUGGUCUGGAGGAGACAGGAAAGCCAGGGCGGGUUUACGUGGGAAAGGAAAAUGUGACUUACAUUCUAUAAUGUCGCUCUGCUCAGCGACAAGAUGGAGCCAGAGUGAAGGCGGGGGCAUGAGGGGCCCCAGGCACAGAACGGGGGCCUUGAGUCACUUGGGACCCCCAGUCUGGGGCUCCCUCACAGGUUCCCCUUCCCUGGGGUCCUCCCUGCCUAGAGCGGGGCCCCAGCUGCGCAGCCCAGCCGGGUCUGACCUUGAGUGAGGCCAGGCUGGCUUCAGGCCACCAGGCUGGAUCCGAAAUAGUGGAGAAAUUCCUCCAUUUCCCGGUUGACGUGGAUGGGAUCAGAUUACCUUCUGGUCUCGCAGACAGAAAAGGGGCUCUUCUUGCAAAGGGGGAGCGGGGGGCGGGGACUGUUCCCUGGGCGGAGGGGCCCAGCUGGUCUUCCAGUGGAUAUGGGACCGAGGCCGAGCAGGCCGGGCACCCCGGGACGGACCGUGAGCGCGGUCCCGGGAGUGGGGAGGCCUCGGGCGCGGAGUCCGUGGGUCAGGCCAGCGCCAGAGCGGGGCCGGGGCGGGGCGGGCCGGGUUCCCGGGACCCCAGUCUCGGCGGCGGGGCGGGUGACCGCUGAGCCACGCGACCCUGGACGCCCACGGCAGCCUGGCGCGCGGCCCUCCCCUCCCGUCCCCUCCCCGCCUCGCCCCUCCUCCCUCCCCUCCCCCACCCCUCCUUCGCUCCUCGCCCCGCCCCCGCGCGCCAUUCCCCGCUGUGCUCCGGCCGCUGGUCCCCGCCUGCAGCUCUCGGCCAUGGCUGGCGCGGUCCCGCGACCCGCCAAGGGCUAUCGGGUGGUGCUGCUCGGGAGCGUGGCGGUGGGCAAGACGGCGCUGGCCACGCAGUUCGCCUGCGGGAGCUUCCCCGAGCAGUGCGAGCCGUCGGUGGAGGAGCUCUUCAGCAAGGUGAUCGAGGUGAACGCGGCGCCCGCGCUGCUGGAGAUCGUGGACACGGUGGGCGCCGAGCACCUGGUCACCCUCAAGGACCUCUACAUCAAGAACAGCGACGGCUUCGUGGUGCUGUACAGCGUGUGCAGCGAGGCCUCGUUCGAGGCGGUGCGGCCGCUGCGGGAGCGCAUGGGCCGGCUGCGGGGGCCCAGGGCCGUGCCGCUCGUGCUGGUGGGCACCAAGGCCGACCUGGACGCCGAGCGCCAGGUGCUCACGGCGCGCGGCCGCGCGCUGGCCCGCGAGUGGCGCUGCCCGUUCCUGGAGGUCACGGCCAAGAGCAAACGGAUGGUGGACCAGGUGUUCACGCAGGUGGUGCGCGAGAUGGAGGCCCUGGCCCCGCCCGAGGUACAGGCCCCGGCCGCCCCCACGAACGCCCAGGACACGUGGCCUUCGGAAAGGUUCAUCGGCUGAUCCGCAGCGGCUGGUUUGUAGUACGUACGGUCACCGCUUUUCGUGCUUCCUGGAGCUCAGUGUCCCUACUUUUUAAAGAAAAUUAUCCAGCCGGACACAGCAGUUACUUCUGUAUAAUAACUCAAACCAGGGCUUCAGACUCUCCGCAGAUCUUCCCAAAUAUUUCUUGAACUUUGCGACUGUUUACCUCUGACAAGUGAUAUAAGAAGAAACCAAAAAUCGAUUUGUUCUGCCCUGUAUAGAGAGAGUACUACCCUUCUCUUCAAAUGGAAUUUGUUACUGGACUUUUUCUUAUAAUUAAUACCUCCAAUGUCAUCCCACAUUUGAAAUUGAUUGACGAACGUGAACUAGAGUUUAAGCUUUCGAUCGCAGGAGGUUUUCAUGCGUUUUUCACAGCCUUGAAUUACAGCAGUAGUAUUUUCCUCUCUCUGUAUUUCUAAAUAUAGUUAUGACAUACAUAGCCUUGGUUUGAAAGGGAUAUUGUAUACUCUGGGAGGGGAAAAACCAACUGUAUACUCACAUCAAGAUAGUUUGUCCUGCCUUGUUUUGUAAUGGACAUCUAGUCGAUUUCUCUAUCUGGAAAUUGGGUGAAAAUAAAAUGGCUUUAUAAGUUUA